AUGGCCCACAAUGUAGUAGAUUCGGCAUUGAAUAAGUUCAUCGCCGCGACUGACCGAGUAAGUCACUUUGCGGCGCGACUUAACAAUGCUUCUACUGACAGCGCGUCCCUGUACACGUGCCAGGUCCGGAGGGACCAGAUGCGUGCCUUGUGGGACAAGGUCGAGAAGGAGUACGAGGCUUGCUCCUGUGUCAUGUCGGAUGAAAUGACGACAGACGAGUUGCCUACCAUUCAGGCAAAAUAUGAUUACUGCUAUAUUCUCUAUGAGCAGUGGUCCGCUCAGCUAAGUGAGCAAAUAGCUGAUGCCUCCCAGGCACUCACUCCUCGUACACCCGUACAACCCCAAGCCGUGCCGUUCGUGUCCACAGGGUGUCGCCCACCUCCACUGUCGGAAGUUGAGAAACUUUUCCAUCUCAACUCCAAGACCAGCGGUGAAGCCCAUGCCAUUGUGUCAAAGUCUCCUUUGACCAAUGAAGGGUUUCAGUCGGCGUGGUCCAGCUUGACUGAGCGUUUCGAGAACAAACGGUUGCUCGUGAACAGUCAGCUGCGUAUCCUUUUCAAUUUGCCCGCCAUCGGGCAAGAGUCGGGUGCAGCCAUUCAAGAGUUGCAGAGCACUAUCCAAGGGUGCUUGACGGCUUUGGAGCACUCAAAGAUCAAUACGGAGAAUUGGGAUUGCAUCCUGGUUUUCCUGUGUUCUUCGAGGCUCCCCAAAUUGACCCUUUCUCUUUGGGAACAGUCCAUACAGAAUAAGAGCGACGUUCCAACGUGGGCUGACAUGAACGCUUUCCUUCUAGAGCGGUAUCGCACCCUAGAAGCGAUAGCGGAAGUGUCAGCCAGCACGAGCGCUCCGACGGUUCCACGGGCCUCACGCAAGGAGGCCCCCCGUCGCCAAGCAGCUCGGGCUCUGAUUGACUCCGGAUCAGAAGCCACCUUCCUCUCAGAGAAGUUGUUCAAGCGCUUGAGGAUGCCGUACACAUCCGUGCAGGCCCGCGUUUCUGGGCUGACACAAGCUGUGGCAGCCCAGCCCCGAAAGUUUUGCCAAUUCUUAAUUGGCUCCCCGGUCAGACCCGAUUUGCAGAUCGAGGCGUCGGCCAUCCAGCUGGCAGACCCCAAAUUCCAUGAGAGUUCGCAGAUUGAUGUGCUACUAGGCGCUGACAUCCUCCCGUCCAUUCUGCUCGGCGGCUCUCACCCUAACAUUUGUGGGACGCUCCUCGGUCAAGAGACCAUUUUCGGUUGGAUCCUGACUGGCCCUGUGUCGGGAUCCAUUUCAAAAUCCAUUUCGUCCUUUUCGGCUCGACUGUCCGUCGAGGAGGAACUCCUCUCCAAAUUUUGGGAGGUGGAGGACCUGCCGGCUAGCCCAGCAAAGGAAUCUGACCUUUUUUGUGAGGCUAACUUCAACGCCACGACCGUGCGAACCUCAACGGGUCGCUACAUGGUCACGCUCCCAUUCCGCGAUCCUGGUCACGUUGACCUGGGUCACUCGAGGGCUAUCGCUCUCGCUCAGUUCCUGAGAAACGAGAGCCGUUUAAAGAGGAACGACUCUCUGAAGGAACAAUAUGACUCCGUUAUUCGAGAGUAUCUGGAUUUGGGUCACAUAACUCAAGUCCCCCCAUCCAGUUCCGGCAACUACUAUUUGCCGCAUCACGGUGUUCUCAAGCCCGACAGCACCACCACAAAGCUCCGCGUUGUAUUCAACGCCUCCAGCCCGACUUCAAACGGGAAGAGUCUGAACGACAUCCUCCACACUGGGCCAAUCCUUCAAUCCGACCUGACCAUUCAAAUCCUGAAAUGGAGGUUUUUCAAGUUCGUCUUCAACGCUGACAUCACCAAGAUGUAUCGGCAAAUCCUUGUGGAUCCCAAACACACCCGGUUUCAAAGGUUGCUCUUCCGUACUCCAGACGAGAAGUUAUGCGACUUUGAACUCAACACAGUCACCUUUGGAGUGAACUGUGCUCCGUACCUGGCUAUCCGCGUUCUGCAUCAGCUUGCGAGUGAUGUUCGCGACCGGUACCCCCUUGCUAGUGACAUCAUCGCCAAUUAUAUGUACGUUGAUGACGUCCAAGCAGGAGCUCACACUAAGCAGGAUGCGGUGUCUGCUAUAGAUAAGCUUCGAACAGCGCUCGAGAGUGCUGGGUUCCCUUUGCGUAAGUGGACCUCGAACUCGAAAGAUGUUCUGAGAAGAAUCCCUAAGGAUCACUUGCUCUGUGCAGACUUCCUCGAGAUCGACGAAGCUAGUGUCGCAAAGACGCUAGGCAUUCGGUGGCGGUCCACGUCCGACGAGUUCUUUUUCGUCACCGCCGAGAUGGUGUCCAAACCAUCUUUCAGUAAGAGAGAAGUGCUGUCGCAGAUCGCCAAGUUGUUCGAUCCUGCAGAGCAGUGGACCAGUUUUCUGCGGAACUAUUCGUCCUUGCAGUACAUCCGCAUUCCUAGAUGGACCAACUACGCUCCCGGCGCAAAAAUCCAAUUCCACGGUUUUUGCGACGCCUCUCAAAGCGCGUAUGGAGCCGCUCUUUACGCACCUGUGGAAACAGCUGGACAAGUGUCUGUGAGCCUUCUCGCAGCGAAGACUAGAGUUGCACCUAUCAAGACGGUCUCCCUACCUCGUCUUGAGCUGUGCGGAGCUCUCCUGUUGGCAGAAUUAUCCGCCGCCCUCCUACCACAUUUUCCCACCCCCGACGCUGAGACGUACCUGUGGACAGAUUCCACUAUCGUUCUGGCAUGGUUGGACAAGCAGCCAUGCAAGUGGACCACUUUCGUGGCGAACCGAGUGGCCAAGAUUCACUCGGUGAAUGGCACUUGGCAGCAUGUUCGUUCCGAACACAACCCAGCCGACCUGGCAAGCCGCGGUGUCUCGCCGCAAGAGCUACUGGCCAGUCGCCUCUGGUGGCAGGGGCCUGAAUGGCUGACGCACUCACCAGCGCAGUGGCCUUCACCGGUCAUUGGGCUCGAUACUGAAUUGGAGUGUCGAGCAGUGAAGGUCCAUGCAGCGCAAGUCCUAUGUGAGGACUUCCUCGAUCGUUUCUCCAGGUUCGAUCGAGCGCUCCGAGUGUUUGCGUAUGUGCGAAGGUUUGCCCAGCGUUGCCGCCAACCCAAGGUCUCGUUUCCAGAGACGCUCAGCUCUCAAGAGCUUGCAGAAGCUCAAGAGAGGCUGAUUGUACAGGCUCAGAAUCGGGUAUACGCGAAAGACAAGGUGUCCUGCGUUCCUGGACGCGUAAGAGCGUCCACCUCCUUAUCCUACGACGAACGGCAUCCAAUAAUUCUCCCGUUCGGCUGCGUGUUCUCACGCCUCCUGGUUUCCUUCACGCAUCAAGUCUCCCUCCAUGGAGGCAACCAAUUGGUGAUGCGGCUGGUCCGAACCAAGUUCUGGAUUCCCAAGCUAAGGAAUUUGGUGAAGACAGUGAUCAGUGCAUGCAAGACCUGUGUGAUUCAUCGCCGCAAGAUCCAGUCGCAGUUGAUGGGUUAUCUCCCUACUGCCCGGUCGACUUUUUCGCGACCUUUCACUAACUCCGGAGUAGACUUCGCCGGUCCCUUCGACGUCAAGAGCUACGUCGGACGUGGCUGCAAGAUUACGAAGGGUUACGUAUGUGUCUUCGUGGGCUUGAGCACGAAGGCAAUCCAUCUUGAGGCGACCACGGAUCUGACAGCGGAAAAGUUCUUGGAAGCUUUCUCCCGAUUCGUGGCACGGCGCGGGUGCCCUCUUCACAUGUACUCUGACAACGGGAAAACGUUCGUCGGAGCCUCCUCCAUUCUCUCCAAAGAAUUUGUGGAGAGCACCCGCAACCUGAUUGUCACCACUCACAGCCAUCAAGGCGUCAAGAGUUUCAAGACGCAUUUCUACAAGACGGUUUCCUCCGUAAAACAUACGUUCGAGGAACUUUCCACCCUCCUGUCUAAAAUUGAAGCGUGCCUCAAUUCGCGGCCUUUGACUCCUAUGUCAGAGGAUGUGAGCGACUUGGAGGCACUUACUCCCGGUCAUUUCCUGAUCGGGGGUCCGCUACUCUCCAUGGCGGAGCCAGAGUCCAGAGAGGAUGUGGAGUCCAUCCGCAACCGUUGGCAACGGCUUAAGGCUCUCCAUCAGCAUUUCUGUGUGCGAUGGAAGAGUGAAUAUUUGAAGGAAUUGCAUAAGCGGAAUAAGUGGCAGUCACCUUCACGCGAUCUCCAAAUCGGUGACAUGGUGGUCAUCAGAGAGGAGAAUAGGAGCUGGUCCUCCUUCCUACGGGACGCGCGCUCUGAGUCACCUAUUCUUUUCUCUACUGCCAUCCACUAUCCUGUGGUUUUCUCGUCCGGCUUAGGCAAUUCAUCCCGCGCCAUGUCCUUCAUUUAA